AUGCCACUUUGUAGUACACCGUCAUAUCGAUGUAAUGUUGUUGAACACCCAUCCAACCUCUCAGUACCUGCCACCCGGGAAAGAGAAGAAGAAUCAACCAUUUACAUUUUAAACAUACUGCGGUUGUGUACAAGACAAAAAAAAGCUACUUUUAUUAUUACCUCCACAUUUUGUAUUCCCAAACAAAAACGACGAAGACGACCGAACGAAGACGCGCACCCUGCGACAUCAUCACCGCGCUAUCACCUGUUAUCAUUGUGUUAUCAGCUAUUCAUUAUCAUUCUUCCUAUUGUCAAUAUCACUAAUACUGAUACCGUCAAUUUUUUGCGAACCUGUUAA